UGAACUAAAGUAAGAAAGAAACAGUUUUGUAUAAUCUGUAUUAACAUAAAAAUAUUGUACAUAUGUACAUCUUGUAUUGUAGCUUUCUGAGAAAUUAACAACAUUUACAGAAGCUCGAAUGGACGAAAGUUUUAAUAAUUGGCGCAAUUCGCCGUCUACCAAGAACAGUCAAUCCAUUCUUAUUUCCGACAGUGAUGAAGAAGAAGAUAAUGUUAAAACUGCUGAGAAAGAGCAGAUCUAUGUGAUUGAAAGUGAUGAAAGUAGUCUAAGCGCGUCUAGAAAUGUAACACCAACAAAAAAGUCUAACUCUGUGUCAUCUAGAAAUUCAUCGUUAACAGAAGAAGCAGUGAAACAUAGAAUUAAAAAGUAUAUUUUGUAUGACUCUGACAGUACAGGUGUUCCUAAUGAAAAUGAUUCUUCAUCAUCUACUCACAGUAGAACUGAUGACACAUAUGAGGAUAGUUCAGAUGAUGAGACUGAAUCAGAAGUGGAAAAGAAUAAAAAAAGAAAGAAGGGAGGUCUCCAACGUGUUCAAGCUGGUGCAUCUAAUAUAUUUGAAAAUUCUACUAUGGACGAAGAAAACAAUUCUGAAACUGCAAUAUCUAUAGCAAAACAAGAGAUUGGUGUUGGUAAUAUAGAUCCACUGGUUGCACAACAAAGAGCUCUUCUUGCUUGUAAAAAGGAGCAGUUGAGGAAACAGUUGAGUAAGACACAGUUGCUAUUUGAUACUGGUAAUGUCGACUUACUGCCGGAUAAGGGAGAAAAAUUGCGCGAGAGCAUUGCGAUGCAAAAAAGGGAAUUAGAAUUAAUUACAGCUGAACUGGAAGGUACACCUUUAACGGAAACUGCAUCAGUUAAAACUGAUUCAGAAGAAAUAUUUCCUAUCUAUAAAUAUUUACCAAAUGCGACAGCAAAUUUGUCUUCAAGAGAACUUGGGAAAAAGGCACAGACAACAUUAGAAAAAGAGACAGCUUUAACAGCUGAUAGACUACAAGAUUUACAUGGAUCUAUUGUAGCUAGACCGUCCGAAAAUGAGAGAGCAGAAGAUCCACAGGGUUUGAAUGUAAAAUUAAUGCCACAUCAACAACACGCGUUAGCGUGGUUAACGUGGAGGGAGCAACAAAAACCACCCGGAGGUGUUCUUGCUGAUGACAUGGGUUUGGGCAAGACAUUGACAAUGAUAUCUCUUAUCUUAGAUAGUAACGCUAAAAAGAAUGUUCAAAAGAUGGACGAAUUUGACGAUGACGAAUGGACGGAUAAUUAUAAGCCGUUACGACAUAAAGGAGGUACACUUGUGGUUUGCCCAGCGUCUUUGUUGUCACAAUGGGAAAAUGAAAUACAUCACAAAUGUAAAAGGCGUAUGCUUUCUGUGGUAGUUCAUCACGGUACUAAUCGGGAAAAUGUACCAAAAAGAUUAGCAAAACAUGACGUGGUUAUUACAACGUAUAACAUACUAGCCCGUGAAUUUAAAACCAGAUCCACGGUAUACAAGAUUCAUUGGGAAAGAGUAAUACUAGACGAGGCACAUAUAAUCCGAAAUCAUAAAAGUCAAGGAUCCCAAUCAGUUUGCGAGCUGGUGGCAAAUAAACGAUGGGCUCUUACUGGAACACCGAUUCAAAAUAAAGAGAUGGAUUUAUAUUCUAUUUUGAAAUUUCUCAAAUGUUCUCCUUUCGAUGAUAUACGCGUGUGGAAACGUUGGGUAGAUAAUAAAAAUGCCGCUGCUUGUCAGAGAUUAGCAACCGUGAUGAAAGCAUUGAUGUUACGUAGAACGAAACAAGAGCUUCAAGCUAGCGGUGCGUUAGACUGUUUACCAGAGAAAUUUAUUGAAGAAGUAUUUGUAGAACUCGAUUCCCACGAGCAGUUGGUGUACGAAAAAGUUCUCGUCUUUUCUCGUACAUUGUUCGCUCAAUUUUUGGCUCAAAGAGCCGAGAAAGAGCAUAUGUUUGAUUUAGCAGGUGGAAAAUACGACAGGCCAACUUUUCUUUCAAAUCCAAAUAAGAAUACUCAGUUUACUAAAGCCCAGAAUAAGUUAUUGUCGUUACACGCUGACGUUAAAACGCACGAAAUCUUGGUUCUCUUACUGAGAUUACGUCAAAUUUGUGUUCAUCCUUCUCUUAUUCAUUCGAUGCUAGACCAAGAAGAUAUGCAAGAAAACGGAAUAACUGAUCCAGAAAAUUUAGAUCCUGGCGUGUUGAUGCAACUAAAUAAUAUAACGUUAUGUGAUGACGAUGGGGAUGCGAAUGAUGAAAAAGAUACUGGCGUUGAUCACAGAGUAACCAAUAAUUUACUCACGUCUCAAAAUCCUGUUUUCAAGUCUAACCGUGUCAGUUCUAAGAUGAAGGCAGUGCUCGACACGGUAACAGAAAUUUUACAGACAGGCGACAAAAUGAUCAUUGUUUCUCAAUGGACAAGCGUCUUGAAUAUUGUUGCAUCUUGUUUGUCUUCGGUAAAAGGUGCAACUUUCAGUAUGUUCACUGGCAACGUGCCCAUCAAAGAAAGACAGGGUAUAAUGGAUUCGUUUAACAUUCCGAAUAGCAAUCCAAAAAUAUUGUUGUUAUCGCUGACUGCAGGAGGUGUUGGAUUAAAUCUGGUAGGAGGAAAUCACUUACUGUUAAUAGAUAUCCAUUGGAAUCCGCAACUUGAAGUACAAGCUCAGGACAGGAUUUAUCGGUUUGGACAAAGAAAGGAUGUUCAUAUAUAUAAGUUUAUUUGUAAGAAUACGAUAGAAGAGCGUAUAAAGCAAUUACAAGAAAGGAAAAUAGAAAUUGCUCAGAACGUUCUAACCGGUCACAAAAACACUGGCGCCUCGAAACUUACGUUCAACGAUCUCAAAUCUCUAUUCGCUCUCUAAAAGAAAAGGAUAGAGAAGAAAGGCGUGCCAUGUAAGUCUAGGAAACUCGGCAUUUUACCAUGCUUCUUCCUUAACGUAUCCGUUAUCGUUUACAU